CACCUUGUUUAUUUGAUUCUCACUCCCGUUUCGGUUUCGAGCCAGCGAGGCUGCUAUUACUAAGUGAUAGAUUGGGCAACACUUGCCUUGCGUCGACACCAGCUUAGUCUGUCUCUGCAUGUCCUCAAGCUUUGCCUCAAGCUCAACUCUCACGACGCCAAAUCGCGACCGUCCUUCUUCGCGUUCAUCUAUCACCUCGGGCAAGUCUUCCAAUAGGUCUCCCAGUCCCGCUUUCUCGGUAGACGACCCAGUUGCUGUUCGCAACCAGGUAUCCACACUCAGGCAUUCUAUUCGUCAUCAGCAAGCCAAGCUCAUGUCGCUCGAGAACGUGCUCCUCCAAGGUCCUCGCCCAUAUCCUCCUGAACUUGUAGAUUCGCUAUCUUCCACUUCAACCCCUUCGUCGGCCAUGUCAUUUCCAUCCUCCAGAUCCUCAGCAUCUAUAUCAUCAUUGACCACCGUGACCACGACACCUCCGUCAUCUCCCCCGUCGAAACGGCGCUCCAGUUACGACGUGCUGCGUGACCUGGCCCCCGAAUCGAACCUGCCACUUCCGCGAAGAGAAGGACGAGACUCUAACGCGGCUGGAUUAGAGGAUUUCAAGGACGGAGUCCCCAUGGAUUUCGAAAGAGAAGGAGGGUCAAGUGGUGGAGCGUCGUACAAGAGACUAAGUAGCCCCACUCGUACAUUGAGCAGAAUACCUGUCUCAUCUGUCGGCAAUGCGCGGGCGCUUGCCGACGAUGGCGCACCAGCUUUAUCCCGCCCAAUUUCUUCAUCGAAGUUGACUAUCGAUACUGUUUCUGCAGCCGCACUUUCACCGUCUUCAGCUGGCCCUAAUACUCUACACCCCGCGUCAUCCGUCUCUCCCGGAAAGCGUCUUUCCACAAUUGGAUUCAGUACCAGCGCAGGUGGCGGUACCACUAAAGUUCUUGCGGAUCUUCAGACCGGAGUUCUCAAUGCCCGGACGGCAUUGGAAAACACCAAGGCCCAGCUUCGUCUAGCGCAGAGAAGCGUGGCCCAGUUGACUCGACAAACGGAGGACUUGAAAGAGGGUAGGGAACGCUUGCGGUUAGAGAAUGAGGGACUCAACAAUGUCGUUGCACGAAAGGAGAGAUUAUUGCAGGAGGUCCUUGAGCGCGCACGAAAAGCUGAAACGGAGUCUGCAGCUCUGAAGACGCAAAGCAAGACAGAAACCACGUCGACCAAGAAGACCAUUCGGGAGCUGGAGGUUGCCUUGGCCGAAUCGUCUGCAUUGUCGCAAAAGUCUGAGCGCGAAUACAUCACGCUGCGAGAUAGCAUGAAAGGGAUGGUCGAGGGUUUUGCGAGAGACAUCAAGAAUGUUCGUGAAGAGGCUUCUCGGAGAGACGACCGGGUCAAGGUCGAGUGUGAAGGCGCUGGUAAACGAUACAAGAAGCUGGUCGACGAAGUCCGCAAAAAGUGGACUGCUGGGGCCAAUGAUCUUGUCGAAGUGGAGGAUGAGAGCGGGAAAUCACGGAGCGUGACCACCAUGGCCGACCUGAAGCGAGUAUGGGCUGAAGAACGAGAACGCCAAAAACAACUAGAGAAAAGCUGGGCGGAGCAGAUUGCGCUGAUGAAGCAGCAAGUCGAGAACAGUAAUCGGGAGAGCACUGAGGCGAUCGCAACCGCGUCUGAGCUUGCGGCAGAGCUGGGACGUCUGCGGCGAUUGAUGCAAAAUGUACGCCCAGUCUCAGUUGAUAAGGAAGACGAUGCGCCAUGAUAAUCGCUCGCGCCGUCAUUUCAAGUCCUAACCCGACGAAUUGCCGUUCUCCUCCUCCCUCCCUCAGAGCUAUCAUAUCACCUCAGUGCAUACCAUAGUCGUACCAUAUCAUCGCAUUUUCGCAUGUCUUUCAUUGUAAAAGCUUACCAUCACGUAACAUCCUCAAUCGACGUUCUUUUCAGACGCAAAUCCGUGUCAUGCAUCAGAGGCUAGAAACGCCAGACUACGCUACAAUCGCGCUAAGUCGAAGCGCCGCCGCCGAUCAAAUGUAUGCCCCUCACUCAGUCAGACACGCGCCGACAACACGGGCAAACAGCGGCUCUUGAUCUCCACAAUGCCUCGUGAGUUACUAAUGUAAAUCAGGGAGGUUUUCUCAGAAGGUCCUCAGUCUCUCUUGAUCUCGCUCCCCCUGCGUCUCGCACCGAAUCGAGCCGAUGGCGACUAUCACGACGCCAGUGACCACUCUCUUCGGGAUCCGGCAUCCCAUCUUCCUUGCGGGCAUGGACACCGCCGCGGGUCCGUCGUUGGCGGCCGCCGUGUGCAAUGCCGGCGGGCUCGGGGUCAUCGGAGGGUACGGUUACACGCCUGCGGCGCUGAAGCAGCAGAUAAGAGACAUCAGGGCGGACUUGGUGGACAAGAGCGCCCCGUUUGGUGUGGAUCUGCUCAUUCCCCAGGUGGGGGGAAGCGCGCGCAAGACCAACUACGACUACACGAAGGGCAAGCUAUCUCAGCUGCUGGACGUGAUUAUCGAGGAGAAGGUCGCGUUGUUCGUCAGCGCGAUCGGUGUUCCGCCCAAGGACGCGGUCGAGAGACUGCACCAGGCCGGCAUCCUGGUCAUGAACAUGGUGGGGCACGCCAAGCACGUCAAGAAAGCGCUCGACGUCGGCGUGGACCUGAUCUGCGCCCAAGCCGGCGAAGCCGGGGGGCACGUCGGCCCCAUCCCUGCGAGCAUCCUGAUCCCCAGCUGCGUCGAUGCUGUCAGGGGACGCACGUCUCCGCUGACGGGCCAACCCGUGCAUGUCAUUGGCGCCGGGGCUGUCUACGACGGACGGGGAUUGGCUGCGAACCUGGCAUGGGGGGCACAGGCCGUUUGGGUCGGGACUAGAUUCCUUGCCUCCGAGGAAGCCGGCGCGCCGCAGGGUCACAAGGAUGCCGUGGUCAAAGCGGGCUACGACGAUAUCGUAACCACCCUGGUUUUCAGCGGGAGACCCAUGCGCGUGAUCAAGACACCCUACAUCGAGGACUGGCACAACAACCGCCAUGCGGAGAUCCAAGCACUCCUGAGCAGCGGGACUGUGCCGCAUGAAAAAGAGAGGGAGGAUCAUCCGGAGAAGGCUAUCCGGGCCAUUCGGUGGCCGGUGGGUACCGUAGCAGCGGUCAUCGACGACAUCUUGCCGGCAAAAGUGAUUGUACAAAACAUGGUUGAAGAAGCGGCCAUUAUCCUGACACACGGCGGCUCACUGGUUACUCCCGCUAAACUCUAACCAGCCUGGCACUUUCUGUCAAAGUGGGGUCCGCGAUUAACUUAAGGUUUGGAAUCUGGAUCUAUGUCUGUAUACUUAGGCGAAAUCUAAGGAGAAUGGAUCGGGCAUUCAUGUGACAUGACACGGGAAUUCUGUAUACAUUUGUUUUUAUAGGCGCUUCUCUGCCUUUGUCUGUCUGUCUCGUUGAAGCGAGUGGAGCCUGUACGUAUCGGCGCACCGCGCAACUCCCUUUUCCUAAAAAGGCAAAUUUCCAUGUUGAACAUACAAACACAAUGGCGGCGGCCUUCGGUAUGCAUUUACAAAGACUGAUGGUG